AUAACGAAGGGCGGAAGGCCUUUGCCCCUGCGUGGAAUAAUUCACCGAAUUUGGGCUACUGGGGCAAUGACUGGCGUCGAUUGGUGCUAUCGCAGUGGCGGCUAUCGGGCCACGGCGAUCGUUCUGGAGCUGCACCGCAUGCAGUGAGAGUGCAGUGAGAUAAGUCUACCACCCGUGAGACUACGAUCAAACUACAAUACUGCAUAACAAUUAUUGGCCACCUGGGCGAUAAUAAGCAAUGGUGCCAGUUAGUUGAGCUUUGUUUCUCUUAAAUCAAAUCGUCAGUGCAGUUCUGCGAAAGUACUUGUAUCGAGCGUCCUCCUCUCCGAUAUCGCAUCCCGAUCACGCGCCCCCGCUUUUGUCGGCGUCUAGUUAUCUAUGCCGUCUCGUCCGGCCCGGCCUCGAGCCCGGCGAGAGCCCGGCAAUGCUUGGUGGACUUAGCUGAUCCUCGUUAUGUAACAAGGAGCGAUACGGGAUAUGCUCGGUCCUCGGCCCUCGGGCGCCUGUAACCUGACGUGUCGCCAUAAACGAUCGGCAUAUUCGUAACGCUACAUGUUACGUGAUUAACGGUAUUUGUUAUCUUUUAAAACACAGAUUCUUGAUCUUGCCAGAAUUCACAUGACAAGGUGACCAAGGACGACGCCGCGCCAUGGGGGCUUUCGAUGACUUUUGCGGCUCGCCGUACUGGAACACGACGCGCACCUGGGAGUCGGACAACCCCGACUUCACGCCGUGCUUCGAGAAGACCGCCCUCGCGUGGACUCCGUGCAUCUUCCUGUUUGUCUUCUCGCCCCUCGAGGUCUACUACAUCCGCAGCAGCGUCAACGGCGAAGUCAGAUGGAACUGGCUCAACUUCUCCAAGCUGGUACUCAACGUCCUGGCGCUCCUCUUGAGCGCCGCAAGCCUGGGCGGCGCCAUCGGCAACCCAGACGACUCCUUCGCCGUGGACUAUGUGACCCCCGUCAUCAGGAUGGUGUCGUUCGCGUGGGCCGCCUUCCUGCUCGCAUGGAACCGCAGCCGCGGCCUCCGGACGUCGGGGCUCCUCACGCUCUUCUGGUUCCUCACGGCACUCUUCAGCGUCGCCGAGUUCCGCACCGAGAUCAACACGGAGACGAGCGAGCGCACGGAGUCUGAGCGCGGUCAGCUGCCGUUCGUGCUCACCAUGAUCCUCUUCCCCGCGCUGGUGCUCAUCUUCCUCUUAAACUGCCUGGCGGACUACGAGCCCGUGUCCUCCCCGUUCACCAAAGUUGAGGACCGCUGUCCCGAGUUCGACGCCUCCUUCGUGAACAAAAUCUUCUUUGUCUGGUACGAUAAACUGGCUUGGAAGGGGUACAAGAGGCCGCUCGAGGAGAGGGACCUCUGGGAACUCAACCCCAUGGACUUGUCGUCCGGCGUGCUGCCAAAAUUCUUCUCGCACUGGAACAAGCAGAACAAGAAGGCGGACGCGAAGGCAUUCGCGACGGGUCAGCCCAAGAAGCUCGUGUCGGUGCUGCCCGCGCUGUUCCGCUCGUUCGGUGGACCGUUCCUGUUCGCGGCCGCCAUGGAGCUGGUCGGAGACAUGCUGGUGUUCGUCAGCCCACAGAUCCUCAAGCGGCUGAUGGCCUUCACAACGGACCUGGAGCAGCCGCUGUGGAAGGGCAUGGUGUACGCGGUCGCCAUGCUCGUCACCGCCCUGUUCCAGUCCCUCCUCCUGUCGCAGUACAACAUUCGCAUGAACAUCGUGGGCAUGCGAGUCCGCACGGCGCUGGUCGCCGCCAUCUACCGUAAGUCCCUGCGCAUGUCCAACGUGGCCCGGAAGGACAAGACGGUGGGCGAAAUCGUGACGCUGAUGUCGGUGGAUGCUCAGCGCUUCCUGGACAUGGGUGGGCUCAUCACCAUGGUCUGGUCGUCUCCGCUGCAGAUCAUCGUGGCCCUCUACUUCCUCUGGGACAUCCUCGGUGUCGCAGUGCUCGCUGGACUCGCGUCCAUGAUCCUGCUUAUUCCAGUCAAUGGCUGGAUCGCAAACAAGAUGAAAGUGCUCCAGAUCAAACAGAUGAAGAACAAAGACGAACGAGCCAAACUUAUGAAUGAGAUUUUAAACGGCAUGAAAGUGCUCAAGUUGUACGCGUGGGAACCCCCCUUUGGCGAGAGAAUCAACCAAAUCCGACUAAAGGAGAUGGACGUUCUGAAAAAGUCUGCCUACUUGCAGGCGGGAAUUUCCUUUGCCUUUACCGUCGCGCCGUUCUUGGUGACCCUCGUCUCCUUUACGACAUUUGUCCUGAUAGACAAGAACAACAUCUUGGACGCGCAGACGGCCUUUGUGUCACUGUCUCUGUUCAACAUUCUGCGCUUCCCCCUGGCUAUGCUGCCUAUGGUCAUCAUGAUGGUGGUGCAAGCCGGCGUGUCCAUCAAGCGUAUCGACGAAUUCUUGAACGCACCCGACUUGGAGGAGGACAGCGUGCGCCACGACGUCGAACAGGCAACAAGAGACCGCUGCCCCAUGAGUGUGAAGGACGGAACGUUCGCAUGGGGGCCCGGCGAGGAGCCCGUCCUCAAGAACAUCAACAUGUCUGUGUCCAAGGGCAGCCUCGUGGCCGUGGUGGGCUCCGUGGGCGCGGGCAAGACUUCGCUGCUGUCGGCGCUGCUCGGCGAGCUGGAGAAGCAAAGCGGCGACGUCAACUCGGUGGGCUCCAUCGCGUACGUGCCGCAGCAAGCGUGGAUCCAGAACGCCACGCUCAGGGACAACAUCCUCUUCGCCAAGCCGUACGACGCGCACCAGUACGCCAAGGUCGUGGAUGCGUGCGCACUCAAGCCCGACCUGGCCAUGCUUGCCGGUGGAGAUCAGACGGAAAUCGGCGAGAAGGGCAUCAACCUCAGCGGCGGCCAGAAGCAGCGCGUGUCCCUCGCCAGAGCCGUGUUCAACGACGCGGACAUUUACCUCCUGGACGACCCCCUGAGCGCGGUGGACAGCCACGUCGGCAAGCACAUCUUCGACCAGGUCAUCGGCCCCACGGGGCUGCUCAGACAGAAGACCCGGGUGCUGGUGACCCACGGCAUCGCCUACCUGCACCGAGUGGACCACAUCGUGGUGCUCAAGGAUGGUACCAUCAGCGAAGAGGGCAACUACCAGGAGCUGAUGAAGAACAAAGGCGCCUUCGCCGAGUUCCUCGUGCAGCACCUCCAGGAGGCGGAGGAGGUCGACGACGAGGUCGCCGAGGACCUUCAGGAGAUCAAGGCGCACCUGGAGAAGGCGGUCGGCAAGGAAGAGCUGCAGAGGCAGAUCUCGCAGGCCUCGCUCAUCAGCAGUGAGGGCAUGCGGUCCCGGAAGGGCUCGGUGGCCAGCGGCUCCAGGAAGGGCUCGGUGGGAGGCUCUCUGAUCCGGCACGGGUCGGGACGGCGGCGCUCGAGCGAGCUCAAGCCCAGCGAGCUGCCCCCAAAGGUCGACGAAGUGAUCGGGCAGAAGCUGACCGAAGUGGAGACCAUGGAGCUGGGCAGCGUCAAGCUGAAGGUGUACUGGCACUACAUGCGGAGCAUCGGCCUCAUGCUGUCCGGCCUCACGAUCCUCUUCAACGUGUGCCUCCAGGGCUUUUCCAUCGGUUCGAACGUUUGGGUUGACAAGUGGACUGAUGACGCGAAGAUGUACCAACCUAACCUACCCGACUUUGAGUCGACGCGGAACACCUACCUGGGAGUGUACGCUGCCUUCGGUGGCGCGCAAGCCAUCUUCAGCAUGACCAGCUCGUACGUGUUCGCCAUUGGCUGUAUCGCCUCCUCGAUGGACCUCCACAACAGGAUGUUCCGACGUAUUCUCAGGUGCCCCAUGUCCUUUUUCGACAUGACGCCCAUCGGCCGCAUCUUGAACCGCUUCACCAAGGACAUCGACAAUGUCGACAACGUUCUGCCCUUGCAGAUCCGACAGGCCCUCAACCUCCUAUUCUCCUGCGUGUCGACGCUGGUGGUGAUCUCCAUCAGCACGCCGCUCUUCAUCUCGGUCAUCAUCCCGCUCGGCAUCGUCUACUUCUUUGUCCAGCGCUUCUACGUAUCCACGUCCCGCCAGCUCAAACGGCUGGAUGGCGUCUCCAGGUCCCCCAUCUACUCGCACUUCAGCGAAACGCUGACUGGAAGCUCGUCCAUCCGGGCGUACGGCGCCGUCGACCGGUUUAUCGAGGAGGUGGAGUCCAGGGUGGACAAGAACCAGAAGUGCUACUUCCCCGUGGCCGUGGCCAACAGAUGGCUGGCGGUGCGCCUGGAGACGGUGGGCAACUCCCUCAUCUUCUUUGCAGCACUCUUUGCCGUCCUCCGGCGCGGAGACAUCAGCGCCGGCAGCGUCGGGCUGUCCAUCAGCUACGCGCUGCAGAUCACCCUGGCGCUCAACUGGCUCGUGCGCUUUGUGUCCGAAGUGGAGAACAACAUCGUGUCGGUGGAGCGUAUCAAGGAGUACGAGGAGACUCCCCAG